UCCGAAUAUCGUGAAAUCUGUGAAUUUUGUCCCGACGAAUGAUCGGAAGAAAAGCGCUCAUUCUGCACUUCUGUCGCCCCUCUCUCUCUUUGCCUGAGCAGGGUCAUUCGCUCGCCUCCAUGUGAUAGAUCUCCAUCGGCGAAGCCAAUCCGAUGGACGAGAGUACGCCUUCCAACAGUUCUCUAAACCCUCCUCUCAUUCCGGCCGGCGCCACCACCGGCACCGGCGCCGGUACCGCCACCACUGCUUCUCCAGCCCCGACGAUGGAAAAUACCGCCCAACAGCAGCAGCAGAUGCCAAUCAACCAGGGUCAACUUCUCCUCGCGCAGGGUCAACUGCCCGGAACCCCCUCCGAACCGACCCAGCACCAACAGCAGAUGCUUCCGUCCCAGGCAUUCCAGGUCCAGCAGGGCUUGGCGUCGCAGCAGGCCGCCGGAGCACACCUCCAGAGAACGUCUUCAGCGAUGUCGCGGAUAAACCCCGCUCAGUACUCGAUGAGGCCGGCGAUCUACGCCCAGCAGCAGGCCAUGGGCAUGAACUUCAGCCCGCACAUCCAGCAGCAGGCGGGCGGGACCCUUUCGCGGUCCGCGCUGAUCAGCCAGGCCGGCCACCUUCCGAUGCUCCCCGGGCAAGCUACGCAGUUCACCAAUUUGCAGUCACAGCUGCUCUCGCAGCCAAGGCAGAAGGCUUUGAUGCAAGGUUCUCAAUUCCAGUCAUCUAAUCCAUCAGGGCAGCAACUGCAAGGGAUGCAUCCAAUUGGUAUGAUGGGUUCACUUGGUUUGAGCUCACAAUUGAGACCAAAUGGUUCUCUUGCAUAUAGUCAACAACGUAUUGGGCACGGGCAGAUUCGACCUCAGCAAUUGUCUCAACAACAGUCCCUUACCUCACCUCAGAAGCUACAAGCUCAAGGCUUGGCAAGGCCGCGUUCACUGGCAUCGUUGAACUCACAGUUGUCUGGGUUGGCUCAAAAUGCACAGCCCACAAUGAUGCAGAACUCUUUAUCACAACAGCAGUGGAUGAAACAGAUUCAGACACCAAUAUCUACUCCAGGAUCCCCUUCGUAUCACCUUAAUCAACAGCAAAGACAAGCUUUAUUACAGCAACAGUUUUCUGCUUCCCAAUCAAGUCAGAAACAGCCUGUCACUCUAAACCAGCAGGCAGUAUCUCAAUUAGUACAACAACAUCAGGCCACCCAACAACAAGCACUUCAUCAUAAACAACAAGCUAUGCAACAACAGCAGCCAUCUCCCCGGACAUCUGGGUUGGCAAUCCAAAACUCAGGCAACUUAAUAGGAUCACAGCCGGGUACUCCAGCAUCUGGUAUGACAACAGGUGGAAGUGCAAGCCAAGGAGGAGAGACAACCACACAAUUGCUUGGGAAGAGAAAAAUCCAAGAUUUAGUGUCACAGAUUGAUUCCAAUGGAAAACUCGACCCUGAGGUUGAAGAUAUCCUGUUAGAGCUAGCCCAUGACUUUGUAGAUUCGGUAACUACAUUUGCCUGCAGUUUGGCAAAGCAUCGGAAAUCUUCGACAUUGGACUCUAAAGACAUACUCUUACACUUAGAGAAAAACUGGCAGCUAACCAUCCCUGGGUUCUCGAGUGAGGAGCAAAAAGAUCAUGGGAAACGUAUGCCAAGUGAUUUGCACCAGAAACGUCUUACUAUGAUUCGCAAAGUAAUGGAUACAUCUGCCUCUGAAACUGAAGCUACCAAGGAAAUGAACAACAAUUCUCCUGUCGUGCAGCAACCAAUAAAAGCUUCACAAAGCUCAGAAACAUUAUUUUCUCCUUCCUCUGCUUCUCCAAUGCUGCAAAAUGUACCUCGAUUUUAGUCAAAUUUUAGUCAUUUUUAAGUGCCCCUUUGAGAUCUACCAUCAUCAUCCAUAGAUCAGGAUGACUUGCUAUUUCUGAAGAAGCUAUGGGGUUUGGAUGGAUACUAACUGCAAAAAUAUUCAGGCUUCACAUUUCUAACCGUACACGAUAUUGUCAACAUUUGCAAGGAUGGUUUUGCAGUUGGAGGGUAAAGUCACCUGCAACCCUUAAGCCUACGCCAUCUUCUUUGAUUGUUGUUGUCAUCAUAGUCAAUGUAUAAUGUUCUCAUUUCGAAAAUAGAGAAAUGGGACAGGUUCUUGUCGAAUAUUUCUCCAGGUUCAUAUGUAAAUAAAUUCCUUAUUAUAAAGCAAGCCUUUUCAUCUUGGGAGCU